AUGGCUUAUGAUUUAGGAUUUGUUGUGGUAAUAGUAAGAUUUGACAUAGCUAUUGGUGUACAGGGAAGAAAAACGUUCGUCAUACUUGGAUGUGAAAGAGGGGGGAAAUAUCGGAAAUACAAAGCCGAUGCGGUGGCUAGUGUAUACGACACUCGUAAAUAUGAGUGUCCGUUUAGAUUAAAGGGUAAACCAUGUUCAGAUGGAGCUGGAUGGGUGUUGAAGGUGAUGUGUGGACAUCACAACCAUGAGUUGGCUGAAACUUUAGUUGGUCACCCUUACGAAUACGAAUAUAGACUUUCGUUGCUUGAGAUUGUGGGUAUGACGUCUACAGGGUUAACCUUCUCAACAACAUUUGCUUUCUUGUCUACUAAAAGGCAGAGUAAUUUCACAUGGGCUUUGGAAAAGCUGAAAGGUUUAUUUUUAACAUCUGAGGGUGGUCCUAAAGUCAUUGUCACUGACCGAGACUUGGCUUUGAUGAAUGUCAUUGCAAAUGAAAAUGUGAUGGAUUGUGAUGAUGAAAGCUUGUUUGUUGAGUAUGUGAAUGGUUUUCAAUACACAAGUAGUUCAUGGCCUUUGUUCUUUGAAUAUGUGAAUCAGACUUGGAUUAUUCUGUACAACACAUACUUUGUAAAGUUCUGGACGAACAAAGUAAUGCAUUUAGUGAACACAACCACAAAUAGGGCUGAAUCUGCUCAUUGGAGCCUGAAGAAAGUUCUGGGCAAUAGUAUGGGUGAUUUGUGUUCUUGUUGGGAUAAUAUUCAUAACGUCAUUAUCCUACAACACAAUAAGAUUAAGGCGUCAUUUGAAAGUAGUCUGUUGCUCACGAGUGACCAUUUUAAAGGCUAUAGAUAUAGAGAACUUAUUAGACGUGUGUCUCGAUAUGCAUUGGAUCUCAUUGCUAAGGAAUUGAAAAUAGUGCAGCAGAUAGGAUUGGACUCCUCAAAGUGUGGAUGCAUAUUGAGACGUACAUUUGGUGUCCCAUGUACAUGUGAAUUAGCACGAUAUGAUCCUAAGAUGAUCCCUAUAGUUGAAACAAGUAGAAGAACGAUCAAUGAGGUUGACAUUGGCGGUAAAGUCACCAUCAAGCAGAAGUUACUUGAGAUUGUUUGUCCUACAUUGACAUCAAUGGUCCCUCAAUUACAUAAAGUGAAGACAAAGGAUGCACAAAAAAGUAAAGUUCAACGAAGUGAAAGGUCUACCACGCGGGAUCCAUCAUAUUUUGAGUAUGUGGACGCCUUUCAUUCAACCAUAGAAUCUUCAUAUGUGAGAAGUAAAUUACAAUCAAAGCCAAAAGCAGUGAAGAAAAGGAGAGUUCCAAUGAUAGACCAGUUUCAUUCUACUACUCACCCCUUCAUUGUGGACGUUGUUGAUGUUGUGGCUGAUGGUCACUGUGGGUAUAGAUGCAUUGUUGCGUUGUUGGGACUCGGAGAAGAUUCAUGGCCUGUUAUCAGGAAUGAGUUGUAG